GUAUCGAGUUCGAAACACCGCUACUUAUUCUGUUUCCUGGCAAUAUUUUGUUACGACAUAUUCGAGUUCGUUUUCGACGAUGCAUAUUUUGACGAGCCGAGCCCGGGGUACGGGGCGAGGGGUGCGAUUUUCGUGUCUCUAUUCACUCACGACCUGGAGACGUUAUUUUUUUGUUCGUCCCUCGCAUUGAUACUGAGGAGAGUGGAGCUGCUGAGGGAACGAGUAUCGAGGAUUUUUAUUUUAAACGAGCAGGCUUUUUUGUCGGAGGGAAGUAAUUUGUCGGGCGAAAUGUUCAGCGCCACGGCCUCGUUCUACAAGGAAUACGAAUUAAUACACAAGUGCUCCAAGCAUUUGAAUAAACUUAUCGGUUUUCCGAUUUUGAUAAUGUUAUUGUCAUCUGGUAUGUGCACGGUGUUGAUAAUGAAGACUGUGGUGCAAUAUUUUAAUUCAAAUGCUUUGGAGCAUUACAACGUUAUGGUGGUGGGUAUAGCUCGAUGUCUGAAGUACAUAUUUCUGAUCGUGGCGCUGUGUUUCUUUUCCACAAUAACAGUAAACCAAGUUGAGGAUUUACAAGUUAUUUUACAAGAAACUUUGAACACACAGGAGCUAAGUAAAAUGGAGCGGCGUAACAUAAAGGCGUUUCUUCAGUUGACCAAAGACAAUCAGAUAGUGUACCUCCUGGGGGGAGUCGUCAAGAUGAACAUGGCUUUACCGCUCAACUACUGCAGUAUAUGUACCACUUACCUCCUCAUUGUCAUACAGUUCUCCAAAUUCCUCGACUAG